UAUGCCCAACGGACCUAAUACAAUAAGGACAACCUUCUCCCCUUAUCAAGGCUUCCAGCAGUCCGACAAUUCGUGGUUUCCGUGACGCCAGAUAGAGGACUAGCUAUCUCCCUAAACGGCCGUAAUAUUAUUACUUCUAGAAGGAAUGCUGUUUUGAUUCAAGAGAAGGUUAGCUCACACAUCCGUUCAAGAUGGGUAUAAGCCACAGCGUCUACAUGGCAAAUGGCAGCGGCCAAGAUAUCUAUGUCAUGGCUUCGCUCAACCCAGAGUGGGCCAUCGUCGACUUCAUCGUGGACAUAGGCCUGUUAUACGUUGGCGUCGAAGAAAUAAAGGGCGUUGUCAUGGCCGCUGAACUACCCGAAACGCUAGCUACUUUCCGGGAUCUCUACGAAUUUCUAAACAUCGCCCGGAAACUUAUUAUGGGGAUGAUAGCCGCAGGGACUCGACCCGGCGAGGCUGCUAUGGCCCUGCUAGAUGCAUUUAAAAAGACGUCUAUCCGCAUUCCCUACGAUGAGUACAAGGAUGUGGAGAGGGAUAGCAUCUUGAGCAUUUAUCUUAGUGCCGAUGGGGUUGCUAGUUUGGUAGGGGCUGAGAAUGUAUCGGUGAUGGUGAUGAGUGGUGAUGGGAAACAACUUGCGAUGUGGGAUACCAAUGCGGAUCACUCGUGGAUUGCGACUAAAGAUGGGAAAAUCGUGAGGUCUAAGUACGGGACAAUUUGGCAGCAGGAUCCUGCGGAAGGCUCUGUCGAGUGGUCAGUUAUUAAGAAGUAGAGCUUUCUGGGUAUAGGUAUCACUAUAGUCAAUAAUUAAUAUCUACUUCAUAGGUACUUUCCAAUCUUUGACUUUAUCUUU